ACCGGUACAAACACUAUUCCCCUGCGGGGUGGUGUGGUCGGGCCGGGCCGGACCGGAGCCACUCUUGUAUCAUUCAGUGGCCGAGUGAUUCACAGCGUGAGUGCCGUGUGUCGUUGGCGUAUUUUUGGAAACAGGGAAAUUGUAGUAACUCCGAUUAGACGCCAGCUCGUUUCACGAUUGGCAACUGGGUGUGCUUCAAACUCGGCUUUUACUACGGACGCCACGAAUUGCCGAAAGAAAUCGCGCAAACCUACACGCACCUUAUCACUUUCGAUUGCCAGUAUCACACGACACAGGCGCAGGGUGAUGGUGGUCUGGUGGCCGGGAGUGCAAGCAGAGCUUGUUAACGAAUUCUAGCCGUAUGUCAAAUUUCACCUCAGUGUAGGGCAGUAUACUUGUGCUCCUCUUAUCUAAUCGAAGCAGGCUGAGCAGUAAUGCAAAAGUAAUUUUGACCUUCAAAUCCGUUACCGUCCUUCCGCAAGCGUUACUUGGCCGCUUUCCCGCUCGUCUGAAUGCCAGCGUUUGCCGAAAUGUUAGUCUCGCAAAGCCCGCCGGUGUACAACCACUCGCUACAGACACCGGACUACAAGCCGGGGGGCGGUGGUUCAUCACCCGGCUCCGACGGUAACACCAACGGCGGCGGUGGCGGUGGUGGCUACUACUACCGACCCACGUCACUGCAGCUGACCCAAACACAGAUGAACGGGGGGCCACCGCCCUUCCAGCGGCAGCUGACGCCACCCUGCCUCAGUCCAACGGGCAAGCAGCUGCCAACGUCACCCCGUCGCUCCUGUCUGGUGAUACGGCCCGGGGACGACGCAACCACGCCGGAAGAGUCGGAACCACCGCACGCGGCCAUGAAGCUGCUCACGAUCGGCGAAGAAGACACGGGCUGCGCGCCCGGGGCCGGUCGGCACAAGAAGAAGGUCGUGUUUGCGGACGACCAUGGCGGCCAGCUGACGCAGGUGCGCGUCAUGCGCGAACCCUCCUACAUGCCGCCGAUCUGGAGCCUGCAGUUUUUGGCCCACGUCACCCAGGGCAUGAUCAGCCCGGUGCCGCAGGAGCAGUGGGUCGUCGACUUUGUCCAGCCGGCGAGCGAUUACGUGCGCUUCCGGCAGAAGCUGGACGAGCGGAACGUGUCGCUCGAGAACGUGAUCAUCAAGGAGACGGAGCAGCUGAUCGUCGGUACGGUGAAGGUGAAAAACCUCUCCUACCACAAGGAGGUCAUCAUCCGGUCGUCCUGCGACAGCUGGAAAACGCACGAGGACACCUUCUGCACGUACAGUGUGGUUGGUAAUGGGGCAGCCUCGGCUUAUCUGAUAUUCGAUACCUUCUCCUUCAAGCUAACUCUUCCACCUAAGUCCAGACGGAUUGAGUUUUGUGCCGCGUACAAGUGCGACGGUGUCGAGUACUGGGACAACAAUGAUGGCCGCAACUACUCGCUCACCAACCGUAUCGCGCCCCGGGAAAACUCGGGCGCCUUCCUAUCGUCCUCCUCUGCCAGCGCCUUCAACAGUGCCGCCCCGAACGGGCGCAACGGGCUGGCGGCGGCGGCGGCGGCUUCGGACGGCUUCAUCUCCCCGUACGUCGACCCUGGCGCGGUGCUCGACACCUGGAGCGACAUGAGCGUGGAAACGCAAUCGGGGCCAUACUGCAGUAGUACGUUUGACUGCUCGCUGAACCGUUGCUCCAACAACCGUGACACGGCGGCGAUGCAGGACGAGCCGACGACGACGACUACCGGUCCCCUUCCGCAGAUGAAGCCGAUCAGUCUGAACAUGCCCCCGUAUCCACCGGAAGGGCCGCUGGAUCUGCAGGCGGCCGGUGCCGGCGAACGGCGGGCCAGCACGGGAGAGUUUGCGGUGAAGCAGGGCUGCAAUCACCAUCACUACCACCACCAGCAGCAUGCUGCUGGCACGAAACCGAUCACGCCGCUGGGACGCACCGCCAGCAAUGGCAAGCUGUUCUACAUACGCGAACGGCACGAGGGUGAAGAUUUGCUUGCCAAUUUGCUCCGCUUGCGCAAGCUGAUGAUGGCGGGCGGGAACGAGAAGGCCGGACUAAACUGAUAAGGAGGAGGAGGUGGUGGUAUCUGGUCCUCAGUUCCUAGUGGUGUUGGAUGAAAACAGUCCUUGUGUGGCCGUUCAGUGUGGAGCAACAAACCCAUUUGCUAAGGCCACUAGGAAGAAGUGAGCAAGGCCAGGCGGCGAGCAGCAACGUUUUUCCUUUUUGUUUUGUUUUGUUUUGGGGUAAUUGGGAUGAUCGAUCGUCCACGAUCGUGUGAACUUUAAAGUCGCAGCAUUAGCUUCAUUCCUCUUCCACCAUAACAUACAGCAAACAAACAACUCCAUAUUGUACAUAUAUACAUUAUCUCUCGUCCGUCUAUUCUUAAACGAUAACGAUCGAAUCGAGAGAAUGCACCCAAAACACUUACUGAAGAAUACUCACAAAAUUGACAUUUGCAAUCGGGACCUGGAUACUGACCGUAUGUAUGAGCACGCGCGUGUCUGUGUGUGUCUGAGGGGGUGCGCGUUUUUAACCGUACCAGGAAAAAACAGGUUUAGGUUUACAAUUUUCUGUCCAGUUUCGAUUAAUCAAGGGAAAAUUGCAAUAGAGUUUAUAGAGCCAAUGCUUCCGACAUCCGCGUUUGACAGAAGGCAGAAGUAUGCAGCUGAGUGAGAAAGAGAGUGAGGGAUACUGCAACAUGGAUGAACGAAUUUGGAAGAGGACAAAUACGCUAGAGUGAUAAUACGCUUGUCAGACGGGCAAGCGGGUGAUAAGAGCCAGGAGACCGAAGAGAAGAAAGGGAACAGAUACGUAGGAACCUUAUUUGUCGAAUAGCUGGAAUACGGAGAGACGAAGAACCAUCGAUCGGGGACGAAGGGUUUUGGGCGAGACAAACCAGGCAACGGCACAGAAGAAGAAGAAGAAGAAGAAAACACGAGAUAACAAUACUAGUAAUUUAAUGUUCAUAUUUACAUACGGAAACUAAAAGACUGAACGUGUCCACAAAGUAAAUUAAAUCUGGAACAAACAAACAAAAACAAGGAUGUGUACGAGUGUUUAACAAAAAUGGCAAAAGCGAACCAGCGCGCGGUGGAGCGAAGGCUGGAGAGGCUGGGCUGGGGUUCGAGGCGCGUAGAGCGUUCCGCCCCAAAUCGGGAGACAGAUCAGAAAGGCAUGCAACCGAGUGAAAUUAGUACGAUUCGAUAUUAUAUGUGUAGGAUGCGAGGCACAAAUCAUCCCCAUCUUUUGUACAACCAUGUAGCGUUGCAGUAGGAACGGGGACAAACAAACUCGUGUCAAAAGACGGAACGAACGGAGAACUUAAUAACAGUUUUCAACAUUGCGGUGGUUGUGUGUGUGUGUGUGGCCGUAACUUCGGCUGCCAGACACCAGAGUGGACCUAGUGAAAAGCUUCGUUUAGUGGCUUCGUUAAUUUAUGUAUACAAACAGUAGUGUUAGACUCUAUCCUCUACAACAACCAAGGAUGGGGGAGUUGAUUUUUAUGUUUUAUGUGUUAGUAAGUUAGUAGGUUAGUGUACAUUUUCUGCGCACGUCUUGCACCGGCUUGCGGUGUAGUACCGUGGAGGGGGGACGGCCGUCGCCUUUCGUUGCUUGUUAGAGUUUUUGUAAGGCACAAACAGUGAUUGUAGAAUAACCAAUUUAUCGUUUAAGCAGGAUGAAAUGGAGGUAGAAAAAUGGAAAGAUCAAAGACAAGAAAGAUCGCAGGAGAGGGGAGCGCUGUUGAAGCUAACGAUCGCCAUACCCGAGACGCAAGGCCGCGACUCAUUUCAAUCCAGCGCUGCGAUUUGAACAACAUACUAGUUUUUGUAAAGCUGAUCCUACGUAGAAUAUGUUUAGAGAACGUGUAUACUCCCCACUAAUCGGAUAAGAUUUCACAUGCUGCUACUUUACCUUAGAGUGUAAACCCGUGCUUUACUAGAACUGUACGCAACUUGAACGAAUCCUAUCGGUGGUCCUGGACGAAGAGGGACACUACGUAAAUGAUGAGAUUGGUAGAGCAUGUGUUAGUAUCUCUGCGUUUGGCUAGUGUAAGUGUUAGUUCGCGUAUCCUUCGGCACAGCUAGUCUGUCGCGAAGAUCUUGUGUAUAUAGAUAAACAUAUUGUGAGGCACACACACACCCACUCCCCAAAACCCCCAGGGAAGGGGGGUGGUAGUGUGUUAUCUGAUCGUACAUUAUUAGUUUCGUAGUGCGUAGAGCCGGUAGAGUACAUCGUUAACCCACUGUUUCAUAUGAAUAGAUCACCUCGAUCGCAAAUAAACUGAAUAAGAAUUUAAGAAAA